AUGAAUCCAAAUAAUCCCCCACCUCCAAAUUCUAAAAAUCCAAACCCUCAAUUUCCAUAUCCAUAUCCAAAUUCUUAUUUUCCAAACCCGCAGAAUUUUAAUAUUAAUUCUCAAGCUCCGAAUUCUCAAUACCAAUUUUCACAAUCUCAGAAUUCUCAAUUUCCAUUUCCAUAUCCUCAAAAUUCUCCAUACCAGUUUCCGUUUCCUCCAUUUUCAAAACCACAUUUUGAAACCCAACAACCACCUACUCAAAAUUCUCCACAUUCACAAGUGCCAGCUUUUAGUAACGCAAAUAUUUUUGAUCUUAAUGAUGAUUUUGAGGAAAGUGAAGAUGUACGAGAAAUUACUGGGCAGUGGAAGUGGGUUGAAGAUAAACUCUUAAUAAGUGCGUGGUUGAAUGUGUCAAUUGAUCCACUAGUCGGUACUGAUCAAAAAGCCGAGGCAUUUUGGGAUCGAAUUCAUCACUAUUGUGAAGAAGAUAAUCCCGGUAUCAUCAAGAGAGGAGUUGUGGCUAUGAAAAAAAAGUGGCAACGUAUAAACGAAGGUGCUCAAAAAUUUGGAGCUUGUUAUGAAGAGGCGCAAAAGACAAUCGGUAGCGGUUCAAACUUGGACGACAUAAAUGAGAGAGCUCAUAUACUUCAUUCAGCUAAAUACAAAAAGAAGUCUAACUUUGACAGACACUGGUUUGAGCUUCGUAGACAGCCCAAGUGGAGAACUCCUUCAACUAGUGAAAGUUCAAAAAAAACUAAACUAAGCAAUUCCGGAAAUUAUUCAUCAUCGGGAAACAACGAGACACCAACAAAUGAAAAUGUUGUUGAAUCUCCGGUUCGUCCUAAAGGUACAAAAGCGGCUAAAAGGAAGGGAAAAGGGAAGGCAAGAACUGUAGAAGCAUGUGAUGAGUAUGAAGAAUUACGAGCUCAUGCAUGUAGAAAGUUGAACUUGAUGGAAGCAUUAAAUGAUACUCAUCAACUAGAAAUUGAGACUCGACAGAAAGAGAUAGAAGCAAAGCAAACUGAAAUGGAUUUACAAGUCAUUUUGGCAGAUACUACCAAAAUGAACGAUGCUCAGCGAAAGGCUCACGCAAAAUUACUUGAGAAAAUUAUGGCAAGAAAUUAG